AGAACAGGGUCUGCAGAGCGAGAGUGGGGGAGUGCGGGUGGGAACUUCUGCGCGGACCGGGGCGGGGCACCUCUGGAGGGCAGGGGCCUCUGGUCUCUGGGAGGAGAGGGAAUUGACCAAUGGGGAGAGAGCCCAUAUUUGCUCUCAGGAGCCUGCAAAUUCCUCAGGGCUCAGAUAUCCGCCCCUGACACCAUUCCUCCCUUCCCCCCUCCACCGGCCCCGGGCAUAAAAGGCGCCAGGUGAGGGCCUCGCCGCUCAUCCCGCGAAUCGCAGCUUCUGAGACCAGGGUUGCUCCGUCCGUGCUCCGCCUCGCCAUGACUUCCUACAGCUAUCGCCAGUCGUCGGCCACGUCGUCCUUCGGAGGCCUGGGCGGCGGCUCCGUGCGUUUUGGGCCGGGGGUCGCCUUUCGCGCGCCCAGCAUUCACGGGGGCUCCGGCGGCCGCGGCGUGUCCGUGUCCUCCGCCCGCUUUGUGUCCUCGUCCUCCUCGGGGGGCUACGGCGGCGGCUACGGCGGCGUCCUGACCGCGUCCGACGGGCUGCUGGCAGGCAACGAGAAGCUAACCAUGCAGAACCUCAACGACCGCCUGGCCUCCUACCUGGACAAGGUGCGCGCCCUGGAGGCGGCCAACGGCGAGCUGGAGGUGAAGAUCCGCGACUGGUACCAGAAGCAGGGGCCUGGGCCCUCCCGCGACUACAGCCACUACUACACGACCAUCCAGGACCUGCGGGACAAGAUUCUUGGUGCCACCAUUGAGAACUCCAGGAUUGUCCUGCAGAUCGACAAUGCCCGUCUGGCUGCAGAUGACUUCCGAACCAAGUUUGAGACGGAACAGGCUCUGCGCAUGAGCGUGGAGGCCGACAUCAACGGCCUGCGCAGGGUGCUGGAUGAGCUGACCCUGGCCAGGACCGACCUGGAGAUGCAGAUCGAAGGCCUGAAGGAAGAGCUGGCCUACCUGAAGAAGAACCAUGAGGAGGAAAUCAGUACGCUGAGGGGCCAAGUGGGAGGCCAGGUCAGUGUGGAGGUGGAUUCGGCUCCGGGCACCGAUCUCGCCAAGAUCCUGAGUGACAUGCGAAGCCAAUAUGAGGUCAUGGCCGAGCAGAACCGGAAGGAUGCUGAAGCCUGGUUCACCAGCCGGACUGAAGAAUUGAACCGGGAGGUCGCUGGCCACACGGAGCAGCUCCAGAUGAGCAGGUCCGAGGUUACUGACCUGCGGCGCACCCUUCAGGGUCUUGAGAUUGAGCUGCAGUCACAGCUGAGCAUGAAAGCUGCCUUGGAAGACACACUGGCAGAAACAGAGGCACGCUUUGGAGCCCAGCUGGCGCAUAUCCAGGCGCUGAUCAGCAGUAUUGAAGCCCAGCUGGGCGAUGUGCGAGCUGAUAGUGAGCGGCAGAAUCAGGAGUACCAGCGGCUCAUGGACAUCAAGUCGCGGCUGGAGCAGGAGAUUGCCACCUACCGCAGCCUGCUCGAGGGACAGGAAGAUCACUACAACAAUCUGUCCGCCUCCAAGGUCCUCUGAGGCAGCAGGCUCUGGGGCUUCUGCUGUCCUUUGGAGGGUGUCUCCUGGGUAGAGGGAUGGGAAGGAAGGGACCCUUACCCCCGGCUCUUCUCCUGACCUGCCAAUAAAAAUUUAUGGUCCAAGGGA